CUCUGAUGGGCCAAUUGCGCGGAAAUCCCUGUUUGAAAGGGGCAACUCUAUCUUUCCACCUUUGUAGAUAACGGGAAUUACCCUUGGCUUUGCCAAGAGAAUCCAGGUGAACAUGAGGUACGGACCCUCCAAGAUCAUCACGGUGUUGAAGAAAAUCAACGAAAGCAUCAUUUUCCCUUUGGUCUGGAUGAACGAGACGGCGCAACUGGACGACGAUUCUGCGAGCCUGCUCAAGGAGGAGCUGGUGGACCGGAUCAAGAUGCUGGACGUAGUCCAGAAGGUCCUGCUGGGCGCGGGCCUGGCCGUCUUCGCCCUUUGCCUCAUUUCGUACAUCGCCGUUCGGUGCAACGAUGAGUCGGAAACCGUUUGAUGCUGCUCUUUUGAUACGGACUUAUUAUUUACAAUGUCCCCCGUCACUUUGAUAGUCAUACUGUGAUUUUUGUAAAGGGUAAAACUUGACUUUGAGUCGUGUCACUUUAAUUCAAACAAUCAGGGAUUCGGGGCCUUCAAGUGCAAUCCGAGAAGCCAUUUCAAGGCUACGUGAUGUCCGACAUAAUAAUUCUGUUGAUUUGUGUUUAUAAGUUUUGUUGCUUCAAAGGAAUAAAAGCAAAAGUAUCGCUUUGU